GUAAUUUAUUUAUUAUUGUUGUACGACUUUCUGGAAGAAAGUUUGUGGUUCCUGCUUCUUAUCCUGUGGUAUCUUAUCCUUAUCCUUAUCCGCAACGUGGACACCGGUAUCCGUUGGAUUCCAAGCUUUCUUGGUAUUGUAGAUUCGGAUACUCCUCCUCAAACGCACCUUUUCCUUAACAAAAACGUACAAUGGCGAAAAAGCAUCGCAAAAUUGCGUCGCAUGUUUUACCCGUGCUCGAUACAAAAUCGCAAACGUUAUUCAAACCGCACGUGAAAGAUAAGACUCGAGACAAGACGGCUAAAGCCGCACAACGAAAACCCGCAAAUGAAACUAUCGACAAAGGGUAUUCUAGCACCGCAUCCGAUGAACGGAAAACCAACGAAUCCGGCAAUAAAAAAAGUCGCUCUCCCGCGGAACAGAACCCACGUUCUGCUGAACCAAAGAAUAAGAUGGUGCUUGCUAAUAUGCAGUCAAAGUCGAUCGGUGAGAGCAGUGUUGCGGACAAACGGAAUGCCUUGAACGGGGCUGCUAAAGCCCGUGCACCUAAACGCAAGAAAGAAGAAGUACGACCGAAAAAGCGAGCUAAACUAACAUCAACAUCGGACAGCGAUGAAGAAAAUUAUAUCGAUAAAUUUUUCGAUCAUUUCUCAUCUGAAGACUCGGAAGAUGGGAAAAAGCUGGUCGUUGCUGUAGCGAAGCAAAAACAAAAUUCAAAAGCGACGCAAUCCGCUAAGCCGUACACCAUAACCUCUUCCGGUUGGAUUGUGGAAGAAAAUGAUGAUCGCGGAUCGCUGCUGACCUAUAGCGAUUCCGAGUGCGACGAAAAGUGCGAAAACGCCUUUGUAUCCAACAAAGUAACUGCUAAGAAGCGUAAAGACGUCAAACAGAAAAAGCUUGCUUUUGUGUCUGAUUCGAGCAACAAUGACUCACCAUUCUAUUUUGACGAUGAUUUUUCUUCUGAAUAUGACAAUGUGGAAGAUUCACCAAUCGAAGUUUACAGUGAUUCUGAGGAUUCGGUCGACGAUGAGUGUGAGAGUGGUGAGGAAUACUUUGAGGAAACUUUGUCUCCGAGCGACGCCGAUCUCUAUAUUCCGAAGGAUGCUGCCACAGUUUACGAUUGCAACGACGAUAGCAUAGUGUUCGGGCAUGAUAGUAAGGCUGGACAAAUUAUAGAAUUGCCGGCAGAUUACAAGGUGGCCUGCGACGAUAUCGUUCCGGAAUUGGUUCCAAUAUAUAGCGAAAAUGGUGAAUUAAUUGACAGUUCCAGCAAGCUGUCCGCACAAAGAAACGCUGGGGUCAUUGGCGAACUAUUACAACCCAGUGUCGGUGAUCAACUCGACGAAACUCUAUCGAUGUCUGGAUUCGAAUCGGACGAAGACCCAACCACGAAUAUAAGGACUAACUUUUCUUACCGCUUUUUCGACGCCAUUGAUUCUCGGAAGUCACUGUUAAUAAUGAAAAAGCAGAUCUACCUUUAUGGUCAUGUAUCCAUCCAGCCACUCUUUGGGAGUGUUGAAAUCAUGGGCUACACUCUCGAUGCGGGCGAAAGCCGUACCGUAUACGCCGCCCGAGGGUUUAAUGCGCUCAAUCUCAAUCCCGUACCAACUCCUGAUGCCUUCAAGCCAAACGAAUUCGAAGCUUUUCUAGCGGAACAAAAGACUCACUUUAUUGAUGUCAACAUUGAUGAUUUGCGCGAAUCGUUCGAUCCGAACAGCUGCGUGCUAGUACUGCUGAACGCUGAACAGCAGAACCGCGACUCAGUUUCGAUCGUUAACAGGUACCUAGAGGAGUACAAUUUGUUCCCGACGUCGACCAUACUUACCAAAACGAUAUCGCUCCGUUCGACGGAGCACUUGUUGGACGUGCGUCUCCUGGAACCUGAAACAAAGGCGAUUCCUCUCUUUCAAGCCAAUCCGGCCUGGGACACGGUGCAACUGGGUGAUGAAAGCCGUUUGGUGGUGCUCGGCGGCAAAGGGUCUGGCAAAUCAACGCUCUGUCAGUAUCUGGCGAACCGUUCACUCAAAUCAUCCAAACGCGUGCUGCUACUUGAUCUCGAUAUUGGCCAACCGUUGUUGAUGGUACCGGAAACGAUGAGCGCCUCGGUUCUCCAGGAGCCACUGCUGGGCGUAGGAUGCUUUGGAAAGGUGCAGCCUGUGCGCUGCCAACUGUUUGGCAGUUUGAAUGUAGUGACCUCUCCGAUUUCUUACAUCCAGAAUGUACGCACAUUGGUGGAGUACUGUAAGGCAGAUCCGCAGCUUCGUGGUGUGCCGUGGGUUGUCAACACGAUGGGUUACGUGACCGGAUUUGGCGAGGAGCUAACAGCAGCUAUUGUGCGAUUGAUACAGCCAACCGACGUGAUACAACUUACGAUGCCAGCGCGCUUUAAGGGAGUACGUAACUACCUUAAGAAGUUUAAUGAUGAGUUCGUGAAUCGUUUCACAUUCAACAUUCUGAAAGAUGAGCUCAAUCAGAACGAGCAGAAACAGCUCGCCUAUCAUCUUCAUUCGCUUGACGUCAUGUUUUCACCAAGCGGAUGUCCGUUAGUUCCAGCGAAACGCAGGAACCUCUCUGUCAUGGUGCAGCUGGUGAGAAUAUUAGCUAAAUCGACCGAAUGGUUCACAGAAGCCAAUCCUGUGUGUAUUCCGUUGGACGAGUUGGAGGUGCUGGUCACGCGCGAGGAUAAACCCACUAAAGACAUGUUGCCCAGCGUUCUGAAGGCAACGCUUGUAUAUAUUUGCCAGAGGCUGGACGAAGGGCAACUUAGUUGCCUUGGCGUAGGGAUCGUUCGCACGGUGGAUACCAAGCGAAAUGUUCAUCUGCUUCACUAUCUUCAGCCGGAGCAGUUAGUAAAGGCGAAGGUACUGGCAUUGUGCAACACCUGUCUUCCAAACCAAAUUAAGUUGAAGCUGAACUCGGGAAUGAAGAGUAACAUUCCGUACCUACAAAACGUUGCCGAUCCCCCUUCUGCGUACAUGGACCAGCCGGCCGAAUGAUGAUAUGUUCCCGUUUGCAGUGCAUUUGAAAAACUAAAUGUGAAAACAGCAUUAAAUUCCACCGAGAAACUUAGUGUGAAUUAAAUGGCGAAAAAAUCCAGCAGAGAUAAUAAACAGAAUUCAACAC